AUGGCUGCCAUAGCAUCCCAAAAUGAGCUCCCAGUUGACAACUCCAUUGCAAAAGCUGGUGUAGAGGAGUCACAAACUCAACUACCUAUCUGUGACUGGAUUGAGAAGGAUGAAGUCAAGCUGAGAAGAAAAAUUGACUUCACCAUCUUACCAAUGCUCAUGCUCGGCCUUUUCGCCCUCCAGCUCGACAGAGGAAAUGUAGGCUACGCCAUGACAACAAGCUUCACCGACGAUCUCGGCAUAAACAACGACAACGUCAACACCGGAAACCAGCUCAUGCUCGCAGCCGUCGUGAUCUUCGAAAUACCUUUCAACAUGGUCCUAUCCAGAAUCGGACCUGCGCUUUGGCUAAUUAUCCAGAUCCUGGCGUGGGGAACAAUCGCAACGGCGCAAGCAGCUGUCCACAACAAAUCAGGGUUCUACGCUACGCGAUUUCUACUAGGAAUGUGGGAAGCUGGAUAUCUAGCUGCUGCGCUGACGAUUCUGGCGUCUUUUUACACGAGGAGGGAGAUGGCGAUGCGGGCGACGUUGGUGUAUGUUGGGAAUUACUGCUCUGCGGGUGUGAGUGGACUGCUUGCGGGGUUGAUCUUCAGAAUUCUAGAGACAAGCGGUUUGAAGAAAUGGCAGUGGCUUUUUAUAAUUGACGGUCUCUUCACACUGGCCGUUGGCUUUGUUUUUAUCUUGAUCAUGCCUCGUUCGACAACCAACACGCUUCCGCUGGCGGGCAUCAAGUGGUUUGACUUGUUCACUGUCGAAGAGAGGGACAUUCUGGCCAAGCGCGUUAUCCUGGACGAUCCACGCAAGGAGGUAAAGCUCUCUGGUAUCAGCCCCAGGACUGCUCUGCGCAUCCUCUUCACCAGCUUUCCAAUGUGGGGUCAUUUCGGCAUCAACGCCAUUUCUAUCACGCCCAAAGGAGGGUUAGUCUUCUACACGCCCACGAUUAUCAAGAACCUCGGCUUCGGGGCAUCUACUGCGAGCUUCCUAGCAGCCGUAAGUAACUUUGGGGUAUGCAUCUUGGCAAUAUUGGUAUCGUGGGUCAGCGACAAGACUUUGUCUCGAGGACCUCUUUGCCUACUUUGCGGCGUGUACUCGCUCGUUUUCUCAGGUGUUCAAUUCGCUGUUGUUGGCAGUUCCGACGUCUGGAUGAAGUACGCUAUCCUUACACUCUUGGGCUCAGGAGUAGCAGUGUCUCAGAGUCUUAACGAUGCGUGGUUUAGCAUCAACACUGAAGAUCCGCAGGUCCGAUGCAUUGGACUUGCGCUGGCCGUCGCGGGAUCUAACGUGGGAGGACUUGCUGGACAGAACAUCUUUGUGAAAAGUGACGCGCCAUACUAUAAAAACGGUUUUCUGAAGAUCUUGUGUCUUUACGCGGCUAGUAUUGUACUUGUCGCUGGGAUGAUAUUUUACUACUGGAGUGACAACAGGAGGAUGGAAAAGUCUGGGGAGCUUGAAGAUGCCACAGAAACAGAAGGGUCUGGUGGAGUCAAGAGGAGAAGGGUGAGGAACCAGCUGUAG